CAAAACCUUUCAAUUGCCCAUCCCACUUCCCUAAAAUGGCCGACCUCCAAGCCUCCGAGCAAGACAUUCUUCUUGCCAAGCGCAUAAUCUCCGCCGCCGCCCGCCACGACGUCCCCGCGCUCACCAUCCUCCUCAACGAAGGCGGCAGCGCAAACGUGCAAGACCCGACCGCCGAUGUCGCGACUUCUCCUCUCCACGCGGCCAUUGCAGCUUGCGAGAAUGUAAAAGAGGGGGGGAAGGAGGCAGGUGAGGAGGCGAUGAAGACGGUCGAGUUGUUGCUGCAGAAUGGCGCUAUCUGGAACGAUUUGAAUAAUAAGGACGAGACGCCUGGGUGUGUGGCAUUGAGGUUGGGGCAGAAGAAGUUGUACGAUAUGAUGGUUGAGGCGGGGGUCAGGGCGGAGAUACUGUUUGCGCGGAUGGAGGAGCUGGGUUUGGUAGGAGGCGGCGUCGUUGGAGGUGGAGACAUCGAAAUCGACGAUGCUGAGGAAACCUUGAAGGAGGCGGAGGAGCAACCCGCCCCCAAAAAACAGAAGACAGACGACGGAGCUGCUGAAGUCAAGAACGGACAGCCUUCCGCUCGAGAACAAGCGCUCCUCGACGAUGUCUCCCUCGACAACCACGCCUACCUAAAGUCCCAACUCAGAUACAAACCGGGCAUCCUCCUCGACGAAUCCGACAAUGCCGUCAUGAUGGACUGGGAAACGCAAAUCAUGCAGCGCCACGCCGAAACUCUGAUUCCGCGCCCCGGCCUCCGCACCAUGAACGUUGGACACGGCAUGGGCAUUGUGGAUACCGCCAUUCUUAGCCAUAACCCCUCCGAACACCACAUCAUUGAAGCGCAUCCGCAGGUGCACCAACGGCUCCGCGAAACGGGCUGGUACGACAAACCCAAUGUGCACAUUCACGAAGGGAGGUGGCAAGAUGUGUUGCCGAAGUUGGUGGAGCAGGGAGUAGUGCUGGAUGCAAUCUACUACGACACGUUUGCGGAGGAUUACAAGGCGCUGAAGGAGUUCUUUAGCGAAUAUGUGAUCCAGUUACUUGCGCCGGAUGGGAGAUUUGGGUGGUAUAACGGCCUUGGUGCGGAUAGGCAGAUUUGUUAUGACGUCUAUACUAAGGUCGCUGAAAUGGAUCUUCACGAAGCCGGCUUCGAUACCGAGUGGGAAGACAUCGCCGUCCCGGCCGGUCUGCAUGGAAGUGAUCAGUGGGAGGGGACGCGAAGGCCGUAUUGGACUAUCGAUGUGUAUAGAUUGCCUGUGAAUACGUUCGUCAAAUAAGUAACGUUAUGAUCAGAGGGGAACGGGAAAGAAAGUGUUGCAUGAUGUUGAUAUGAAGAGAAGCCAAUUAUCCGAUUCCAUUGGACGAUGUUGGACACGGACAUUACAUGAACGUUAUCUCCUCCUAGAGUAACAAGCAAUGAUGAAUGGACGAUAUCACGCAGGUGUCGUGCUUGGAUUGCUUCCAACCAGAUUCGUAAGCACUGGCAAGGAAAUACUCGGAAGAAAUAGAGUUGCGGAUAUAUAUCCUGGUAUCAGACUCUAUCAGGUAUUAUGUAGUCAUG